AUGAAAAAAGUUACAUUUCGUUGGGUACUCCAUCAACUGAAGGAUGAACAAAAGAAAGAACGAGUUAGGCUUUAUCGUGAAAAUUUAGCGAAAUUUCGUGGUGGUUCAUGGCAAUUAUGUGACAUUAUAACAGGUGAUGAGACUAAAUUUGAACCAAAAAAUUUAUUUUCUAUAUUCUUUAAAUCCAAUGGUCCUAUUCUUAUACAUGCUAUUGAUGAAGACAAGACUAUAGAUCACAAAUAUUAUAUUGAAAAUUGCCUCAAGCCUGUUAUCAAGGAAAUAUGGAAACAAAGAAAGUCAGCAGGUACCAAAAGUAUAAAAUUGCUUCACGACAAUGCUCGACCCCAUACUCAUUCCGAUGUUAUUAAUUAUUUAACAGAAGAAGGUAUUAUUAUAAUGCCGCAUCCACCAUAUUCACCUGAUUUUGCACUAUGUGAUUAUUGGCUAAAUGAUUAUAUCAAGCAUCGUUUAACUGGCCAACCAAAUAAAAAAUCAUUGGCUUGUGAGGUAUCCAAGGUGGUGAAAAAUAUUCCAGAAGAAAAAUUUUAA